UGGACAGUCUUUGCGGCUGAGGGAGUACACAUUAGACGAUAUCAAGGAACUGAUAUGCUACAGUAAGCACAAGGAUGUUGGUACAGGUUCCGUGGGUGUGAUGUGCAAUGCAUCCUGGGACGGUCUGACGUGCUGGCCGCCAACUCCCACAGGGAGAGUUGUGCGCAUGUCCUGUUUCUCCGAGCUGCGCGGCAUCCCAUACGACACCAGCGAAAACGCGACAAAGUUCUGCCAUUUGAACGGCACCUGGGCGAAGAAGGCUGACUAUAGUCACUGUCGUCCGGUCAACAAAAACUCCAGCGUGGAUGACAGUAGCAGACAUUGGGAACAGCAUUUGGAGAACGCCAAGCUACUCCAGGACAUCGGACAUGCUAUCUCUCUCGUCUGCCUGGUCUUUGCGUUUGCCAUGUUUGCCUAUCUUAAGAGCAUCCGCUGUACGAGGAACAACAUCCACUGGAACCUGGUGGCAACCUUCAUCCUCAGGAACACCAGCUGGUUCAUCAUUCAGGCGGUGGUGACUGUGGAGGCAGUGCGGGACAAAAGUUGGUACUGCCGGGCAGUGGUCACACUCAACAACUACUUCAGCUCCACCAACUUCUUCUGGAUGUUUGUGGAGGGCUUGUACCUACACAUCAUGGUCGCGCAUGCGUUUAACACGGAGAAAUUCGACCUGUGGGUGUAUGCCAUGGUGGGGUGGUGCGUCCCAGUGCCCAUCAUUGUAGCGUGGGUUCUAGUGAAGGUCCUAGCACAAGAUGAAGGGUGCUGGAUCUCUUCAAGCUAUUAUGACUUCAUCUUCCACGGACCAAUCAUCCUCAUCUUACUGGUAAACUUCAUCAUACUCGGAAACGUUGUGAGAAUACUAGUCUUGAAGUUGAGGGCAAGUCCUGAGCAUCGGGAGGCCACUCACUACAGCAUCAAGGCGGCCAAGGCUACAGUUGUGCUGCUGCCUCUCCUCGGGGUGACCUACGUGUUGUUUAUAGUCCACCCCAGCGGACAGGGAACCUCCAGACUCGUCUUCAUCUACUUCAACUCCUUCUUCCAGUCAUUCCAGGGAUCCUUUGUGUCAAUCAUCUACUGUUUUACCAACGCCGAGAUCCGCAAUGCUGUCAAAAGAAGGAUACACCUCAGCCGCUGCAGGCAGCAGGACUUUGUCUAGUGAUCCUUAAAAGAACUGCAGAAAAACAUCUAUUUUUACAGCUGAU